CUCUCUAGAGUGCAUUGUGAGUGUGCGCCUGCGCCGUUUUGAAGAUAUGUCGAAGAUGACUAUCCGCGACUACUACAAGGGGAAGAGCAUUUUGCUCACCGGCGGCACGGGCUUUAUGGGGAAAGUGCUCAUUGAGAAGUUGCUGUACUCGAUACCUGAUAUAGGCAACAUAUAUGUUAUAACAAGACCUAAAAGGGGCAAGUCCAUAAACCAGCGGCUGGAGGCAAUGCAAAUGUUGCCGCUGUUCGACAGACUGAGAAACGAAAAACCGUCCGUUUUGAAGAAAAUGAAGGCAUUGCAAGGAGACCUGUUGUUGGAUAACUUUGGACUCUCCGAACGGGAGAUAGAAAACCUAUCGAAGGAGGUGUCUGUAUUCUUCCAUUUCGCCGCUACCCUCAAAUUGGAGGCUCCACUAAAAGACAACGUUAACAUGAACACAUGUGGCACUAGAAGAGCUUUAAAUGUAGCUAAGAAACUAGAAAACCUGGAGAUUUUCGUACACCUCUCCACGGCUUUCUGUUACCCCGAUUACGAGGUUUUGGGAGAAACGAUACAUGCUCCACCUGCCGAUCCCAAAGACGUAAUGCAUUUGAUCGAGCUGCUAGAUGACAAACAGCUAGAGCUCAUAACACCCAGCUUGCUCCGCUGUCAUCCCAACUGCUACACCUACUCAAAAAGACUAGCAGAAAGUAUAGUCUCAGAAGAACAUCUUGAGGGAAAAAUACGCACAGCCAUCGUGCGACCAAGCAUAGUGUGUCCCGCCGUUAAAGAACCAUUGCCUGGGUGGGUGGACAGUUUAAACGGACCGAUCGGAGUCAUGUUGGGAGCCGGCAAGGGUGUCAUAAGGACGAUGCUCUGCGAUGGGUCCUUGGAGGGCCAAGUGAUUCCUGUGGACACUGCUAUUAAUGCUAUCAUCGCCGUUGGAAUGAUCGAGGGGACUAGAGCUGAAAAGCCCGAAGUUCCACCAAUAUACAACGCUAACAUAGCCCAUCAACAGCCGACAACCUGGGGAGAAGUACUCAACUUCGGUAAGACCUACAGCAGGUCCCAUCCCAUGGCGUGGCCCCUGUGGUACCCCAAUGGGGACAUCACCACUAACCCAGUGCUGCACGAGACCAGGAGGGUGCUGUACCAUUUGCUCCCCGCGUACUUCAUUGACCUGAUACUUUUUAUGACUGGACAAAAACGAUUCAUGGUACGCAUUCAAGACAGGAUAAGCCAGGGUUUGAAACUUCUGCAAUUCUUCACAUUGCGACCGUGGACCUUCCUCUGCCCGAAUUUUGACAGCAUCCAACCCAUGUUGGAUGAGGAGGAGAAGGUGAUAUUCAAUACGGACCUGACAAAAUUCGAACGCAACAAGUAUCUUGCAGACUGCAUCGAGGGAGGUCGAAUUUUCUGCUUCAAGGAGUCACCUACUCAAAUCCCCAUGAACAGACGAUACCACAAUUUUCUUUACGUGUUGGAUUGGAUUGUGAAGAUCUUCCUCUGUCUUCUUUUCGUUUCUUUCCUGGUGUCCUGGUUCCGGCCAGCCAAGACUCUUCUAAGCUACGGUGGACCAGUAGUGGAAUACUUACCGCUCGUUGGAUCAGCUGUUUUUGACAAAUAAUUUGACGAUA